UUACGUUUGAUCUUCCAUGUAUGGAAUAACAACUACACGCACUCGUGUGACCAACUCUCUGCUCUUCUUCAUAUCAUUCAUCAUAUUUGUUUUCUUUUUUGUUCGAGAAGAGAGUCAGAGGUUUUCAGUCCUACAGCCAUAGGAGGUUGACAUAACAGACAAGAAGAUUGAAGGGGUUGUCGCGAAAUGGGGGUCUUCAAUCAUCUCUCCGACCUUUUCGAUUGCACUCUCCGAACCAAGAAGUUCAAGAAGCGCAAGCAGUUACAGACGGUAGAGAUAAAGGUGAAGAUGGACUGCGAAGGGUGUGAAAGAAAAGUGAAGAAGGCGGUGGAAGGAAUGAAAGGGGUGAAUGAAGUGGACAUAGAGGCCAAACAGAGUAAGGUGGUGGUGAUAGGUUAUGUGGAACCCAGAAAGGUGUUGCAGCGUAUACGGGCAACGGGGAAGAAGGCCGAGUUCUGGCCCUACGUCCGGUAUGACGUGGUCCCACACCCCUACGCACCUGGGACCUACGAUAAGAAGGCCCCACCCGGAUACGUGCGGAAUGUGCUGCAGGACCCUGAGGCUUCCGCGUUGGCACGUGCCAACUCCAUGGAAGAGCGCUUCUACAUGGCCUUCAGUGAUGACAACCCUAACUCGUGUUCCAUUAUGUGAAUGUCCUUGCAAAUUGUACAAGUGAUUACUUACCAAAAAUAAUUGUAGAAAUGAUUGAUUAUUUCGAGAAUUUGGACUACAUCAGAACUUUUGGCUCACUUGUUUAUGGGUUGGGCUCGGCCUUUGGUUUUGCAAAAUUUGAACCGGCCCAGCCCGACGCCCAUGUUAUCAUUCAUGUAAACAUGGCCUUACCCAUGUUGCCAAUUUAAUGGGCUUUGAAGCCCCCUAGCCCUAAGUAGAUGA